AUGUCCGAGUCACAGGACGUAGCAUUGACUUCGUUCAAACCUAUAUGCAACUUCAAGUCCCUGAGGUCGCUAUCCACUCUAUCCACGUCCUCUGGUUCUUCCGCAGUGGCACGCAGACGGAGGAGAGACAACAGGCAACGGCGACAGAGGACGACCUUCACAUCGGAACAGACCCUGAGACUCGAGAUGGAGUACCACCGCAACGAGUACAUCUCCAGGCCGAGGAGGUUCGAACUGGCGGAGUCGCUGGACCUCACGGAAACGCAGAUCAAAAUUUGGUUCCAGAAUCGACGGGCCAAAGACAAGCGCAUCGAGAAAGCACACAUGGAUCAGCAGUACAGGUGA